UCCAAUUCUGCUGCCCCCACUCUUGUUAGCAGCCUCAAUUCAUCCAUCAUUCAGACACCUUGAUGGGCCCAUCGACUGGCACUCAUUCACUCACUUCACCUGCUCCUCACUUUUAUUCACAACAAUGGCAGCGAAACCGGGGAAUUCCCUCCCCAAAAACCUCCUCUCGUCUCCGUUCCUGGGAGAACUUCUCGCCAAGAGGUCGGUGUAUGUCAAGGUCCGGCCUGCCCCGCAGAGUUUGACGCAGCGGAGGGCGAUUUUGAGGGUGUUGAGGCAGCACGGGAGGAUAGAGGUUUUUAAGAGCUUGGGUGAACCACACUCCUUCAUCUCUGUAGCCUCGGACUCUGCAACAGCCAGGAACUUGAUCCUGAAGGCGCCGCUCGAGGUGGCUUUUGCUUCUGCCCCUUCCCCACCACCAUCAGGGACACAAACUGAGGAAGAACAACAAGGGGAAAAGUUCCUGGUUGACAUCUUUGAGGCCGGGGGGUACAACCACAAGAGAUUUGCCUCCCAUCUCUCGCCUCUGGCAGGGCCCUGGAAGAACAUCACUGCUUACCCCGGGGAUUUGGCGACUACGGUUACGGUGCCUGGGUUGACUGAUGGGGAUGGGGAUAAAAGAGAGGUGCAUGAGGAUGAGGGGCUGCUGAAGAGUUUUGCGAGGAGGCAUUUGGAGGCGGGGUACAAGGGGGAUAAUGGGUGGAGGGGAAUGACGGAUUGGGAGGGGGGUGGGCAGGAUGGGGGGGAGUAUAGGGAGGAUGGGGAGACUUUUGAGGGGGGGUGGAGGGGGCGGGUGAUGAGGGGGCGGUGGAGGGGGAGGGGGUAUGGGGGGUUGGUUAGGGGGGAGGUUAGUGGGGAGGGAGAGGAGGGGGGGAGGAAAGAGGAGGGGGAGAGGAAAGAAAAGGGGAAAGAGAUUGAGAAAGUAAAAAUUAGGAGGAUUGUUAGUGGUGGUGGUGGUGGUGGUGGAGAGGUGUUGCCUCAAAAGGAUGAGGUUGCGAGGCAGGAGAAGGUGGAGGAGGGGAGGAGGUGGACGGUGAAGGAGAGGAGUGGGCUUGUGGGAGGGGUGAAGCGGUGGGUGUGA